AUGACUAACACUGCUUCCUUCUCAACUCAAGCAAAAUUUUGUAUCAAGCAGGAAAAAUUUGAAGUUCUUCAGCACAAACAUUUUUUUUCUGGCGAUAUAGCAUCAAAAAAAAGUGGUUUCCUAGUAAAAUCGUUUGAAAGAUGCGAUAGAGGUUCGGAAAAAUCCACAAGUCCAUUCAACAUCGUUUCAUUCACCAGUGAAAUAUUCUACUGGUACUUCCAAACAUUUCUCAUGAUACAUUUAAUCCGGUAUUUCUAUUUAGUUAAAAAAAAGUAUUUGCUACUUGGUCAUGAAGAGUUUUUCCAAAUUGAAUGGAGUGUUUCCAGUGUGGAAGCCAUCUGGCGUGACGUCUGCUGA